CUCCACCCUGCCAGUGCGGCAGCAGGACCAGAGCAGAGCCCUCCUCUCACCGCCUCCCCAGAGCACUGCUGCAGAGCACACACAGAAGAGACUUGCCCUCUCUCCAGCUCCCUCAGCAUCACAGCAUCCAGACCACUGCUGAGAAGGCCCUCACCCCUGUUACCUGCUGGUGCCACUGCAGCAGGACCAGCACAGAAGGACAGACCUUCACACAUCUGCAGCAUCACAGCAUCACAGGAGAACAUCCCUUCUGUCUAGACAGUGUCAUUGAGGAAGGACAAGCAAAAAGAAGGGCUUCUCAGCAACUCAUUUGAGCCUCCACAGAAGCUGACCUGCGCUUCUCUCCCACACCCCCUCCCUGUUACCUUUGCUUGAAACAGGAUCUGUUCCAAACAGGGUGUUUUCUUCCAUAUCUGCAAUUGUUCAGCAAGACACACUGGGAACAUUUACUUUCUCCAGCCCAUACAGCAAGACCUGGGCUAGGAGCAAUAGCUCUUUCUCCAGUAUGACUGUAGCAAGUCCAGCUCAGAGCUCUAUCUUUUAAAUUCAGCUAGGAGUGUGUAAGCAGCUCUUCUACCCUCUCUCUCUACUUCACUGAUUCCAUCCCCUCUCCCUGAAACUGGACAGCGGGUGCUUCUACACCAGCCUCAUUUGUAGCAGAAACGUCUUCUGACAGAUUUGCUGACGUGCAUGGAAGCAAGGGAUGGGUUCACUCAAAAACAACGAACCCGUCAAAGAGCCUGUGAAGGUUCUAUCUCAUAAGGGAUCACCAUCUCCAGUGAGCUCUGAUGAGACAACGUUAGACGAACUAUGGCUGCAAAGGCUGCUGCCUUCCUACCCCCGUUACCGUGGCAACCGCCCGGGCUCCCCCAGCCCCGCGCCGCUGCUGCCGCCGCCGCCGCCGGAGCUGCUCGGCAGCCGCCUGCCGCCGCCGGCCAUGGAGCUGCUGGCCGCGGCCCUCAGCGCCGCCUGCGCCCUCGACCAGGACGGCUCUGCGGGACAGCCCGGCAGGGAGCCCCCCGCGGCCGCUGAGGAGAGCCCCGCCGCAGCCACGGCGCCGCCGCCUGCCCACCCCAUGACGGCCGACUCCUGGAGGAACCUCAUCGAGCACAUCGGGCUCUUGUACCAGGAAUAUCGAGAUAAAUCUACACGCCAGGAGAUUGAAACCAGACGACUGCAGGAUUCACAGACAGACCCGGAGGAGAGUUCACCCAGCGAGGAAACUCCAUCUGAAGCAGAACCUACCAGUACCCCUGAAAGCAAAGCUCCACCACAAAUCAGUUUGCUGAGGAACUCCAACUCCAGGUUCAACUUAUGGCAGGAUCUUCCUGAGAUCCGGAGCAGUGGGGUCCUCAGCAUCCUCCAGCCAGAUGAGAUCAAGCUGCAGGAGGCCAUGUUUGAGCUGGUUACUUCUGAAGCCUCCUAUUACAAAAGCCUGAAUCUGCUGGUGUCUCACUUCAUGGAGAACGAACGUCUGAAGAAGAUCUUACACCCAUCUGAGGCACACAUCCUCUUCUCCAAUGUCCUGGAUGUCAUGGCUGUUAGUGAGCGCUUCCUGUUGGACCUUGAGCAGCGGGUGGAGGAGAACAUUGUCAUCUCGGAUGUGUGUGAUAUCGUCUACCAGCAUACAGUUAACCACUUCUCCGUGUACAUCACCUACGUCUCCAACCAGACCUACCAGGAGAGAGCUUACAAGCAGCUCCUCCAGGACAAGCCAGCUUUCCGAGAAGUGAUCUCACAGCUGGAGCUGGAUCCCAAGUGCAAAGGCCUGUCCUUUUCUUCCUUCCUCAUUCUGCCAUUCCAAAGGAUCACUCGGCUCAAGCUGCUGGUGCAGAAUAUUUUGAAGAAAGUGGAAGAGAAGUCUGACAGGGAAAACACUGCCCUGGACGCACAUAAAGAGCUGGAAACAGUGGUGAAAGCAUGUAAUGAAGGCGUCAGGAAGAUGAGCCGAACAGAGCAGAUGAUCAGCAUCCAGAAGAAACUGGAAUUCAAGAUCAAGUCUGUGCCCAUCAUCUCUCACUCCCGCUGGCUGCUGAAGCAGGGGGAACUGCAGCAAAUGAAUGGUCCAAAAACAUCACGAACGCUUCGCACCAAGAAACUCUUCAGAGAAAUCUACUUGUUCCUUUUCAAUGACCUGCUGGUAAUCUGCCGGCAAAUUCCUGGGGACAAGUACCAAGUGUUUGACUCUGCUCCCCGGGGGCUUCUUCGGGUAGAGGAGUUAGAAGAUCAGGGGCAGAGUUUGGCCAACGUCUUCAUCUUGAGGCUGCUGGAGAACGCAGAUGACCGGGAGGCCAGCUACAUGCUGAAGGCAUCGUCCCAGAGCGAAAUGAAGCGCUGGAUGAUCUCACUGGCCCCGAACCGCAGAACCAAGUUUGUUUCAUUUACAUCCAGACUUGUUGACUGCCCGCAGAUCCAGUGUGUCCACCCGUACGUGGCCCAGCAGCCAGAUGAGCUGUCCUUGGAACUGGCUGACGUCCUCAACAUCCUGGACAAGACAGACGAUGGCUGGAUAUUUGGAGAGCGUCUUCAUGACCAGGAGAGGGGCUGGUUCCCCAGUUCUAUGGGGGAGGAGAUCCUGAACCCCAAAAUCCGAGCCCAGAACUUGAAGGAGUGUUUCCGGGUGCACAAGUCGGAUGACAGCCAGCGGAGAAAACUGGGCAGCAGGAACCGCCAAUGACCACUAGCAUCCCCGAACAUCUGGAGCACCUCUGGGAGAGGGGCAGAGGACAGAGGCUCAGCUAGGAGGAUGUGGUGGGCCAUGGUGCAGGACCUGGUGUGCCAGAGCAGGCACACGCACCCAUGAACAAACAGACUGCAGUUCCUGGGCUCCCUGUGGCACUGAUGCUUCCCUGGAGAUCCGUGCUCCAAACUGGCUCGGAUAACCCCUUCCCAGGCGUUCUGUACAGCUGCAGAGAGCACAAGCCAAGUGGACACAGCCCAAAGGUGCCGGCCAACUGACCCCGUUCCCUGCACAUGUGCUAGCUGGGGCUGGCUCGGGCUGCCUGGGAAAGGCACGUGGCCACAACCGUAACUAAGCAAUGAACAUUGCCUGGUUUGAGCACUUGCAGCUCGUCGUGACUUUUAUAGUUUGGGUCGCUCCUAAAACAGCAUCUUACAUGGUAAAACUGAAGCAGAAAAGCUGUCUCAUCACCUCUUGUACAUCCCGUCAGCACCAGGCUGGGACAAGCCCCAGGAACUCCAGCAGUCCUGCUGUGGAGCUGCUUGGGCCCAUUCCCAAGGGCAGACCCUCAAUCUGCUUCCAUUCAAAUGCUCCACACCCAGCCCCGCUCCACCAGCACCCAACCUCACCAGCCCUGACCUGCACCUCCACCUGCCAGACGGCCUCAGAGCACAUCUGGGCGCUGCCCUAUGGCUCACCCCCUUUCCCACAGCCGGUGUUGCUCCACAGGGUCGCUGCAGAAGCCUGGCACCACGUCCUUUCCUGGUUGAUCUGGCACUUGCGGUCUCUGCUGCUCGCUGCUGCUGAGGCACAGGGCAGGGUGGCUGUGCCAGCGCUUCCCCGCACACCACCACGUCCCACAGGAGCACCAGCAGCAGGCGAGGGACCGUACCCCGGGAGCUGUUGUCCCACAGGCGGUGGGAGGCCCAGCGAUUGCUGCCUGCAUGCUUGUAACCCGCACCGCGCCGCUGCCCGCACAGCCCCAGCGCGCCACCUCCCUGUACAAGCUCACCUCCGUGUAUAUACACCGACCCCGCCACCAGGCCGCGCAGAGCCGGGGCAUCACUCCUCCCUUGCAUGAAGCCCAGGGCACAGCACUGAGACCAGCCAGGGGACGGACCCACGGCAGCCGCCUGUUGUCCAACAGCCUCGCUACGAACAGUCCCACACGCGGCCGCAGCUGCGGGACCCUUGGCUACAGGCUGGUCCUGAGCUGCGGCCGGUGCCCAUCAGGGAAGUCGAUUGUUCGGCACCUUUCUGUACCACUGCAAAGGAGAGCCUUGCGGGUGCUGUGACCUGCGCUGCUGCGUGCUCUGGCCGUGGCACAGGAGUGCUCCAGAAGAGGAUGGAGAAGAGCUGCCUGCCGAUGGAGCCACGCACAGAGGGAGCACAGCCGUGCUGAUGGCAGCGGGGGGAAGCAGCAGGAACCAGGGAGUUGGUUCUGGUUGGAGCUGGUCUUUGGGCCACCCAGGACCAGGUUACACACCAUGGGGUGUGCGGCGGGAGCCAGCUGAGGGAGGGCUGGGGCUGUCGCCACGGUCCUGGGACGGGCAGCCCUGCACUGUGGGGCUGGAGCCAGCCCUGGUGUGAGCCACAGCAGUGAGGAGAGAAUGAAGGCAUCCCCCCCCCCCAGGCCCAGGUCGGUGCCACCACGUUAGUGACAGCAGGGCUGUGCUUGCCUGGCUGCCCGUAGCACCCCAGGGAGAGGGCCCCUGGGCAGCUCGCACCAGCCAGAGGCUUCUGGCCUCCCACCGGUGCCCAGCCCAGAGCUGGGGGCCAGGAAGAGGCCACAGCCUCCAGUCUGGUGCACUAGGCUCAUUUAAUAGGGACACCCCAAGCCAGACAUGCCCCACACACACAUUUCCCCCCAACAGCACCCUACAGUCAGCUGAGUACAACCAACUCUCCAGCUCAGGGUCCAGACCUUACAGCAGCCACAAAUUCUCUAACACAAACCCCAGAGAAGCUCCAGCUCCAGGAAGCCCUUAAAAUGACCUGAGAAGUUGCCACAUUGUCCAGCUUUGCAGCCCAGCAGCCAGCAUGGUCCAGGCGCUGCUGUCCCACGUACCCACCAUAACACAGCAAUGUUCCCUUACCCAUCAGGAACAGCUAUCUCACUAGUGGAGGGGCUGACCCAGGUUCCCCCAUGCCAGGAUGCUGGUUCCUCACUGCAUUUCUCCAGGGAACAAGGGUUCAGGGCUGCCAUGCACUGUGCCAUGACCCACCACCAGACCCUGGGACUUACUCUGUCCCCCUCUUGCUCUGUUGUGACCUUUUAGGACCCCAAACCAUAGGCACAGGCUGUGCUGUUUUCAGGCACCGAGUGGCAUCCAGUGUUACCUCCUCAGACCCAGCCCUGCACGCCUCCGUUUCCGUGGUCUCAAGUGUUGUACAGGGCCAGGCCUGGGGCCCACAUGCACGGGCUGGAGCCCCCCCGGCCCCGCUGGGCUGCCUCAGCGAACUGAGGGGAACUUCUCGUUGUCUUGUUUUCCUGUGUGAUGAAAUGUACCUGAGCGAGCCAGCGCCAAAGCCA